AUGAGCGACUUUUCGCCCUCACCGUACCAACUCCUCUUCGAGGCAAUCAUAUUCUGGAGCAUCGCAAUCGUGCUAUACAUUGGUAGAAUGCAGUUGAUCUAUACGUCAAUGCUGGUUCUGAUUCAAGUUUCCGCCCGCUAUGCGACCAACCUCGUGGACCCGGCACAAUACGAGGAGAUUCUAUCCAACCCACAAGAGGUCAACGACCGUAUAUUCGGGAGCAAGAUUGUCAUCGGCCUCGAACAGUGCAUGCUGUUCUCGACCUGGGGGGUCAAAAUCUGCAUGUUGACCAUGUUCUGGCGGCUCACCCACAACGUUCGGCUAUUGCGGAUGUAUGUUAACCUGAUCGCUGUCUUCAUCGCUGUCGGAUUCGUUGUUAUCAUGGUCACGUACUAUGCUGUCUAUUGUCGACCAUUCUCACAGUAUUGGGCUAUGCCGGUACAGGACUUGCAGUGUGCGACCUACCAAAAUUACUCCAUCACGCAGGCAGUAUUCAACAUAUCUUCGGAUGCUGCCAUGCUCGUGCUACCAGUUCCGUUGCUGCAGAAGACUCAGAUGAACAGGAGAAAGAAAAUCAUGCUGGCGGGCGUCAUGAGCCUAGGUGUCUUCACGAUCGCUGCCGCCAUCCUCAACAAGGUGUUCAACUUUGCCUCACCCUUGACGACCACCUAUCAGCUCUGGUAUAUCCGGGAGGCAAGCACUGCGAUAUAUGUUGCGAAUCUAGUGUGUCUGUCACCCCUGCUUCGACGGAUGCUUGGCUCGACCAUGCAGCAGAUAAGAAGCUGGCCAUAUGGUCACCAUGCUCGCUGGCAUUGGAAGGGAUCGUCCAGUGCAUCGCACUCCGGACAGAUUCAGCUGGACCGGAAGACCUGGACCUCACCUCACCUUUGUAUCACCCUCAAAAGGAAAUGUGAACAGUCUACAGAUGCUGAAACGCCGUCACGCGAGUAUCGGUCCAAUUGCCAGCGUAGAAGCGAGGAAGCCAUCAUUUGA